AUGGCCUCCCCGUCGAAACAGCCUGCCCCGGCGAAGAAGGCCGCGGGCUGGGGCUCUCUUCUGUCAGGCGCAGUAGCGGGAUUGGAGUCGCGACUUGAUACGAUACUCGCCAACGAGGAGGGUGGUGAUGGGGCCAAUGCCACGACCAAACCAACAGCAACCCUCCAACGGACGGAGUCGGCGUCAGGAACCCUUGCUCCCCCGAAGAGGAAAGAGGAACGACUGGCCAAGGCAACAGCAGUCAAGACUCCGGCGGGGAGUGCCGUGCCCAGCAGGACUACGACCCCGGACAAUGAGCGGCACAGUAUACAGGGGAGGGUGAGCAUUGACAGUGGCUCGAGAGCUCUGCCAGAGGUCGUUGAGCCGACGAAAACGCCAGAGACUGAGAAGUCGACAAUGCAGGGGCCGGAGGAGCUGGGCAAGGAGGGUGACAUUCAGCCAGCUGAGGCCGACACUACACCCGAUGCCGUUCCAAGACCUUCAGAAGACAGUUCUCGGCCUUCUACAGAUGCUACACGCGAUGACGUAUCUACCCGUCCUUCUGUGGAUGUCUCCAACGGCACGUCCACGGCUCUAUCAUCCAAGAGUGCAGCUGACUACGAAGCCGACCUUCACGUCUACAUGGAGAAGAUAGACGCGCUACAGUCGAAGCUCAAAUACCUCGCCAGCGCUACUGUCGCUGCUGCUAAAGCUGCCAAUGCCUCUCCCGAGACGAGUGCGCCUGAGAAAGAAUUGGCCAAAAAGGAUGAGCAGAUCGCGCUUCUGAUGGAGGAGGGCGAGAAGCUGUCAAAGACUGAGCUUCGACACCUGCAGACGAUCAAGAAGCUGCGGUCGCAGAGUACGGAGAGUGAGAAGGCGGCAGUCGAGGCGCGGAAGAAGUUCGAGAAGACAGAGUCGGACCUGCGCCAGCGACUACGGAAGGCAGAGCAGGCCGAGCGUGCUGCAAGUGAAAGGAACAAAGUCAUCGCAGGGAUUGAGAAGGAGGUGGACGAGCUUCGCAAAGACCGGGAGGAUGCAGUGGCGUUGGUGAAGUCUCUCAGGGGACAGCUGAAGGAGGCGAAAGAGCGGGCAGAGAAGGCUGAGAGUGAGGUCAAGGAGGCGGCGACUAGUGAGGCUGACCGAGGAAGGAUAGCGGCCCUUGAAAACGAGGUGGAGGACGCACAGAUUGAGAAGAAGCUUGCCGAAGAUCGCGCCGCCGCAGAGAUUAAGAGGGUGAAAGAGGAUCUCGAAGGCCAGGCGCAGAAGUCCAGCGUGAGGGAGCUGGAGUUGAAGAAUGAGAUCGGCGGAUUGGAGUCUCGACUGGAGGCCAUGAGGUCAAGAGCAGAGGAUCAAGGGGUUGACGGCAAUUCUGGCGAGAGCAAUGUGCAGCUGCUCAGGCAGGUUGAGACAUUGCAAAGGCAGUAUUCAUUGGCUAAGGAGAACUGGGAGGCCAUUGAGGCGAGUUUGAAUGGGAGGGUGGUUGGUUUGGAGAAGGAGAGAGACGAGGUAGGGAGGCGGGAGGCAGAAACAAGGAAGCGGGUGAGGGAGGUUGGCCAGAGGAGUAGGAGCAUAGAGGAUGAUUUGGAGGAGAGGAGCCGUGAGGUGAGGAGGCUGGUGGAUGAGAUGGGAAGUCAAAAGGAAGCGGCGGCUGCUCUGCAGGCGCGGUUGGUGGACAGUCAGAGGGUGAUUGAAGACCUGCAAGCCGAACGGGACAAGCAGAAGAAGGUCUGGGAGGUCGAGCUGCAACAGAAGGUCGAGGAGGAGCGGACGAAGUGGAUGCAGGGUCGUGGCAUGCAGCUGCGGCAUCAAUCGCCGGCGACGAACUCUCGGAAGAUGUCGACGACUGAUGUUAACGCUCUGAACACCUCUCGCCGACCUGGGCAUCGCCUCGCUUCUCACGACCUCGCUGCUCUCCAUACAGACCCAUCUCGACCUAGCAGCCGGCGUAGCCCAGGAUUGCCGCCGCCCCGCCCAGGUUCGACACAUGUUUCGAGCGGUCGUACGCCUCUUGAGCGCUCCAGCGAAGUAUCGCCUUCGUUGAGCAGGCAGGAGAGCACCGUCUCGUUGACUCCAGCUGACAUCCCGCCGACGCCCUCAUUCGAGAUUAACCAGUUCGAGACGGACGCAUUCCCGGAAGGCGAGGCGGAAGCACCGCACACCCCUGAAGACGGCCACACGCUUGCUGACCUGCUCAGCACAUCUACCGCUCCCGCAGCAGGCCCGAGCGUACAGCUUGUCGAGCGGAUGAGCAUGCUUGUUCGCCGGCUUGAGAGUGAAAAGGCUAGCUUCAAGGAUGAGAUUACACAUCUGUCUUCACAGAGGGACAGCGCGAGGGACGAGAUCGUGACGCUGAUGCGGGAGGUAGAUGGGAAGCGGAGUGGCGAGGAGAAAGCCGGGAAGCUGGAAGGCGAGAUGACGCAGCUCAAGACACGGUAUGAUGCUUCGCUGGAGAUGCUUGGAGAGAGGGAGGAGGAAGUGGAGGAGCUGAGGAGCGAUGUCAAGGAACUGAAGCGGCUGUACCGUGAGCUGGCUGAGAGGAAGAUGGGUGGGAGCUGA